CUCGUUUUUUUUUUACUGCGCAAGCGCAAUUAUAUGAUCUAUUGCUCCGAGUGUUCUAAAACGUGAAUGAUAUUGUUGACAUCAUUUCAUAGCUUGCUCAUCUUCUCAUAACCAUCGUCUUCUUCGCUUCUCUGUGCACAAAAACCCAUAAGGUAAACUAUGUAAACCUCUUAGGUUCAUGGUAGGAGAUCUCUUAAACCCUCUCAUUUUCCCCUGCUGAAAUCACCGGAAAAACUUCCAUGUCGUCCCUUUACAGACGCCUCCACGGCUUAUUCCUCACCAACAAGCAUUACAACCCCAUCACCAAGGCUAUCACCACAGCCACCGCCAAUGAAUGCAAACUCCUAAAGAUUGAGAGAUACAAAAAGUUAUUCGAAAUCCCAGAGUUCCAUGGCCACCGUUACAAGAACAUGAAAGUCGUUCGCCGCUUUGCCUCAGCAAACAUGCCUACCCUCGUUAACGAAUUCCUUGAAUACCAGAAGAAAGUCAUUGACAUUACUGACGAAGCAUGCACUGCUCGCCUCAUUUCUCUUUACGGAAAGUAUAAGAUGUUUAAUUACGCCCGCAGCUUGUUCGAUGAAAUGCCUCAGUUGAACUGCCAGCGCACAGUUCGCUCUCUCAAUGCACUGUUGUCAGCGUGCGUUAAUUCCCGAGAGUUCCCAAAGAUUAAGGAGAUAUUCGGAGAACUGGCUCCGAAAUUGGGGAUAGAACCGGACAGAGUAUCAUAUAAUAUUGUCAUCAAUGCAUUUUGUAAGAUGGGUGCUUUGGAUUCUGUACUUGCAGUGAUGGAUGAGAUGGAGAAGGAUGGAAUACAACCUGAUGUAAUCACUUUCACUACACUACUCCAUGCUUUCUAUUUGAGUGGACGGUUUGCAGAUGGAGAGAAGAUGUGGGAUUUAAUGGUGAGCAAGAAUAUUGUUCCUAAUGUGAGGAGUUAUAAUGCUAGGAUGCGAGGAUUGGUUUCCGAGAAUAUGCUUCAAGAGGCUAUUGGACAGUAUGACGAAAUGAGGAGUAAGGGUGUGCAACCAGAUUCCGCAACUUACGGUGCGUUUAUCAUAAAGUUUUGUCUUGAUAAGAAUUUGGAGGAAGCUAAGAAUUGGUGUCACAAACUAUGUGAGAAUGAUUGUGAACUAGAUAGGGUGACUUAUAUGACCCUUGUUCCCUUUCUUCGCGAGAAGGGUGAGUUUGCUAUGGCUCUGGAGACCAUAAAGCGAGGCUAUGUUCGACCUAAUUUAUUCUAUAUCAAGGAAGAUGCCAGGGGGCUUGUUAAUGUGGCAAGGACUAAUCGUCAUGUCCCAUAUAAUAAACUAAAUCUGCCCGAUCAUGAUAGGUAAGUGAUGAAAUUCGCAAGCUUAAUUAGGGAUUUCACUACAUGGUAUGUAAAGAGUACACAGAUUCAAUUAUGUUGCAUGUCUCAACAUUAUAUAUAUAUAUACUCCUUUUAAA